UAAUGAAAGAAGUAACACUGCCGCUGAGCUGCAAACACGAACCAUUCUUCCGGUACAAAUUGAAUCAUACUGCUCAAAAUGAAGAGUAUAAUCACUAGAAUUUUAAUAAACAAAGUAAACAUUGCCCGUGUAUAUGUCACUCUCGAAUGAAUUGAAUAUUUACGCUGGACGCACCUCUUUCCGACAGCGAUCAAUAUUCUUUUACUCUGAUUUAAACGUUCGUGUCUGAUGAAUUAGCGUAUGAUUCAAUUUUGAAUGUUCGUCCUUUUCGCACGAGAGAACCGAACGAGUUUACAGACAGCAAAUGUUUAGUUGCAGGAUGGAUCACAUUUCUAAGAUAAUGUGAUGUAUGUGAAAAUCAUGAGGUAAACUGUAAUACUAUUUUAUAUAAUAUCAAAUGAUCUAGCGAUUUGUGAGAGAAAUGCUAUUUUUGAGUAUAUUAUUGAAGAAGCUUGUAUCUUGUCACAAAAGGCAGCAUUCACGAUUUUUUUUGGUAAAUUGGAAAUUUUUAUUUUCUAAGACAUCUACUAUGAUGCACAUUGACAUCAAAUCAAGGUGUUGGGCGCGCUCCCCAUUUUGAGUGGCAUCAUUAACAUUUCAAUCAUGACACAUUAGUAUAAUAGAGUACUAUUUUGUUAAUAUUGGACACGAUAUGAAUAGAUUGUAUUGUUAUUAUUCUAUUGUUGUUGUUGUUGUUGUUGUUGAGUUAUCCAUUAACUACUGGAUCAAUUGCUUUGAAAUUUUUAGUGAGUAAAAAUUGUAUUUUUCCAUAGAAGGCUAUUACUUCAUACAUUUCUGUGCUCUAUAAGAGAUAUAGAUAUUGAAGUUUUGUGUGGUGAUGACGUCACUAAAAUUAAAAAUUGCGCACCGUGUGGGGUUCCGCGGUCGCAUUUCAGCAAUCUCGUGGUCAGCGAAGUCGGGAAUUUUUAAAAGUUAUACUGCACCGGCACUAUGCAAAAUUUAAUACUACUGCGUUUUGGCUUUCCUGCCUAUAUAUUUGAGAAUUGCUCUCUUGAUGUUUGCAUGCUCAUUUGAAAUAACGGUGAUAUGUUUGCCCGUAACCAUGGCCUUCCCCGCAAGAGCGCAAAAGCGGUAUUUAUAAAUUAAAUACAACUGAGAUUUUAACCUACCGCAAAUAAAGAUUUGAAUCUAAUUCAUACCGGCAUAGACGGGAUUAAACCGGAUCGACCGGGUUUGACGACGCGAUGGAACGAGAAAGUAGCGCGUUAAGAACACUUCAACUGAUUAUCUCAUUUUGUUGACAUUUCUGGAAAUUUCAUUUCGUUAUGAGCCAGGCCACGAGCGCUCACCUAAAAUUUAUAAAAUAAGUCAUUUAUGUGGAUGCGAUCGCUUUUGGUCAUAGCUGAAAUAAAUUUGUCCGUAGAAGUCUGACAUCGGCCAGGCGAAAUAUACAGAAAUAUAUUUGUGUUAGUGUGUAGCAAGGAUUUUGAAUCGAUAAACUAUCGGUCGGCACGAGAUUUCAAACUGAUCUCAUAAUUGUAUUAGUGGGUCGUUAUGUCUUAACACAGCGGGCGAAAUUAGGAUUUAUGUUGUCUUUCACGAGUCAUUAAAUACUGGGCCAUUGUUUUCAAGAAACAAAUCAUAGGAAUUUAAUUUGACAGUGACGAGAGCUUCGGCUGAAAUACGGCAUAAGUAGACAAAAACCAGGCAAUAAGUACACGAUAUCCUGUGAUUCAGAGACUAGACGGACUUUGGGACAUAGGGUUUGCAUGCUGACUCAGCCUUUUAUAGCGUCUCUUAUUCCAGAUGCGCGCAAGUCAAUAGAUAUUGUCAGCUCAAUUUACCAACUAUGGUGCAGCAUUGUGAUCUGAUGGACACCAUCCACCAAAAACAAUCAACUGAAACUAAACCUCGCCCUGUUUUAACUUGUUAAAAGAGAUCGCGUCGAUCGUUAGGUUUAUUGAAACAACGAGUUGAGAAAUUCUACCUUCAUCGGGAUUAUGGACUUUCUAAUCUCAAUAGCAAGAUAUUGAAAACGUGUUUGAAUAUAAAGGUUGCUUCGAGUCUGCGGAUAGUGCCGCGACGAGGUAUUGAAUAUGGAAGAGGACACCAAACUUGCCAACCAGACAUGAUGAGUAGCCUACGCAGAACGAAAAUUCAUUGCCGUGUAUGGUCGAUACAUCACGAGUCUUUGUUUGCUCUUAUAUCAGCUGACAACGAAUGACAUGGGUGCGCACUCAAUCCUACUUUUGCACUGUUUAUCAGUUGUCAAACAGCUGAUUUGUUGGUUCGGUCUUUAAUCGAUGUUUUCGCGACAAGGCUUUGUUUCGUCUUUAUAGAAUGUGAAUUAUUCUUUUUAUUUCGUUCGUGUAGUCUACACUAGAUAAAAAUAUGGACUUCUUUUUCGCUUUCACCAUUUCUGCAAAUUUUGGCAGCUUGUUUCUGUAUUUCUUACGUAAGAAAGUUGUUAUCGCCUUUUUUUCUUCGAAAAUACGUAUUUAAAGCUUAUUUUCUCGUUUACAUUUUUUGCGGCAUUACAAGCACUUUUAAUUACAGCCUUUUGGUUCAGCUGAUUAGCGGUAUAGAAUAGUAAUUUGGGCAGAAGAAACACGACGUUUCUCUGCGAUGAAGAAAGAGGGAUACCUACAAGAACCCCCAGAUGGUGGAUGGGGCUGGUUGAUCGUUAUUGGGGGCAUGUAUUGCCUAGCGAUGUGGGGUGGUAUCACUCGAUGCUACUCCGUGUUCUUUAGCCCGUUGAUGUCAGAUUUCGAAGCAGAUUAUGGAUCGGUUGCAUGGCUGAAUGGAAUGUUUCAGGCUGUGUAUGGAAUUUGCACUAUCGUGGGCCCACUGUUGAUGCAGAAAUUUGAACGUCGUCCAAUGUGCUUGAUCUCAUCAUUUUUGUGUGGAAUAUCCUGUUUUCUUGCGUCAUUCUGUCAACAACUAUGGGCGGUGCAAGUUCUGAUGGCAAUGCUUGUAGGAGCCGGAAUGGGUAUUAUAUCGAUAUCGGUGUUCACGACAACGACACGUUAUUUCAAGAAAAGGCUUCAUAUGGCUAAUCAAUUACUUUGUCUCGGUAUAUCAGCCGGUCCUUUGCUCGUGUGUCCCGGUUAUCAGUACCUUAUCACCACGUACGGUUGGAGGGGCGCUUGCAGGAUUGUAGCGGGCCUAUUCCUCAACAUGGCAGUUGCAAGUGCUUUAUUGCGGCCAAUCAAAUUAAUGAGCGAUCUUGAGACCCCAGAACAUCUCCCAUCGACCGAAAAAUACAAAGACAAGCAUUCCAGCGAAAGCGAAGAAAAAUCGAAGCCUAAAAGGUUAUUUGAUCUGACGUCACUCGAUGCAGAAAUUGUUGGAAGUCAAAGCCUUGGACUUUACACUCCUCCAGUGGCUCGAAGAAAUUAUGACGUCAACGAUAACAUUACAAAAUCGCACAAUCGUAAAGACGAAAAACCGAUCAGCUUAUCUUCAAAUUCCAGCAACAAACUUUCUAAUUCUACCGAUGAAAAUUGUGGGACCAAAUUUAAAAACUUUUGCAUCAAAUAUGAUUUGACUUUGUUUACUCAAAAACGAUUCUACCUCUACACUCUGUCAUGGACCACAUUUGCGGCAGCUUUCUUUUCUGCCUCAACAUAUAUCAUUCCGUAUGGAAAGUCGGUAGCUGGUUUGACAGAAUUUGAAGCAUCUACGCUGGUAUCGGCAUUUGCAGGAGGGGAAAUAUUUUCGAGAAUUGCUUAUGCUUUUUUAUUUGACAAAAUUCCAUUGAAGUUUCGAAUUCUUUAUGUUAGCGCACUGUAUGCUGUAUUUUCUAUUGCUAUACUAGUGUUCCCAUUUAUUCGUGGAUACAUAGGAGCACUGAUUUGUUGCGCGUGUAUUGGAGCCCUCGGCGGAGGAACCGAUGGAAUUUUUUCCGCAUUUAUUGCAGAAAUAUUCAGCGUCCAGCAGUAUGCGUUUGUAUUUGGAUACUCGAAUAUAAUAACUCACUCUACCGGUACAGCCACCACUGUUCUUAUCGGUGUUGCAGUCGACAGACUUCAAAAUUUAUCUGUUCCUUUUUACAUUGGUUUCGGUGCUGCUGUAACGUCAAGUAUCCUUGUGUUUCUACUGCAUAAAACUGUGAUGAAAAUCAGGAAAGAAAAGGCUUUAUUGGAAGCGGACGAUGUCUUUCUUCCCCUAAAAAGUUGAUGAGACCAAAAACUUUUUUACAAUUUUUUUUUACUUUGUGCACAUAAUUAUUUUUAGUUUGAUUAUUGACACGUUUAUGCAGAAAACAAACACGUCGUAUUCAAAUAUAACUUUAGUGUUGUUCGCGCAGUUUUCAGCUUAUGUUAUGACGCUAUUGUACUUAGGACUAUUUUUACUUUCGUCUUCAAAUUUCAUAUUUUAAAUCAAGGGAACACUUUAUUCCAUCACAAAUGUACUCAAGCCUCCAAGUAAACUAGGUGCUCAACUUG